CUUUGUCCUUCCCAAUGCAAACCAACACCUGCAGGAUCUACUGUGGGUGAAGCCAGAGCAGAUCGGCUGGAGCAGCCAUACUUCCCAUGGCCUCCAGCUGCUGCACUGAAGUGUCUCAUCAUGUUUCCAGAAGACUUCUGGAGAGAGUGAGUUCCUGCAGCAUCCAGAAAGCUGACGGGGACUGUGACCUGGCUGCUGUCAUCCUUCAUGUUAAACGUAGAAGAAUCUGCAUCAGCCCUCACAAUCGUACUUUGAAGCAGUGGAUGAGAGCCUCAGAGGUAAAGAAGAAUGGCAGAGAAAACGUCUGUUCUGGGAAAAAACAACCCAGCAGGAAGGACAGAAAAGAGCACACUUCGAGAAAGCACAGAGCACGUGGAACACACAGGCAUGAAGCCUCUCGUUAGAACAGACAUGUGAACCUACAGUGAACUCCUCAAGUGAACUGGCCCAUAGCUGGUUAUAAAUUUCUCAGCUGAAAUCUUCCUUAUUGACACCUAAUGCUUUGUCUUGUUUCGUUUUGUUUUGUUUUAUUAAUGAAUAAUUGCAGCUAAGGAUGUAAGCACUUGGGUUGUACAUGUAGGCUCAAUCCCAGCACCAAAAGCAAAACAAACAAAACUGUGCACAAGUAACCAAUAUAGUUAACUUAAAAACUAUAUAAAAUCCAUCUUUAUAUAUAAAUUUUAACUAUAUAGAAUUCCUCCAACUUUUUUUUAUUCAAGUUCUCCAGCUCUACAGAGGAGUUGAAAGAAUGGAACAAGGGCUAUAUACAUACCUGCCACUUACAUUAGUCACUGUUAAUCUCUCUGUGUGUCUCUGUCUCUGUCUGUGUGUGUGUGUGUGCGCGCCUGCCUGCAUAAGAACUUCUUCACUAAAUCAUAUGAAAAGUUGCAAACAUCAUGGCCUAUAUCUUAAUCUAUUUCUUGUUACUAAAAGAACAUUUAUGAUUAGGUAACCCCUAAAAAAUGCAACUUUAUUUAGCUCAGGAUCCUGAGGUGAGAACACCUAAGACCUUGGCACUAACAUCUGGUUAGCAUCUAGUGAAGACCUUCUCACUGGGCCUUAAUGUGACAGCUGCAUAUGACAAGAAUCCUCUUCCUUUUCUUAUAAAGCCACUAGCAUCCAGGAGACCACACCCAUGUAGCCUAGUUUAACACCAACUACACUCAAUGCCCCAUCUCCAAAUGCCAACAUAUGGAUUUAAGGAUACAUAAAUAUCUGGAGAACACAUUCAAGCCAUAGCAAACACUUCAGUCCUAAUUUCUAGAAUUUGGCUUGCUAUCCUUCAAGAAUAAACACGUUUUCCUAAAUAAUUACACUAGCAGUUUUAUACCGGGAAAGCAAACAAUUUCAUAUUGUCUAUAUUCAAGUUUCUUUAUUUCCAGAUCACUUUAUAUAAUUCUUUUCAGUCUAGCUCACCUAUUGCCUUUUUAUGUGCUUUAGUGUUUUCAAUAUAAAAUCAUCUCUCAGGUGUUCUCUUUCCUGUCUUCCUUCUCUUAUUCCAUAGCACAGACUUUUAGAAAGAGUAAAGGUUAGAGCUAACUGUACAUCCCAGGUUUGUCUGACUGGUCCUGGUGGUCAGACUUUUCCAUUUCAAGCUUCCUAGGAAGAUUUGUACACUUCUUGUCUCCUUUGUGGCUCUAUAACAUCAUUUUCUAAGUAGGAGGGUAUAAGCCAAGUAAGUGGUGCUUAGAGGUUUGAGCAGCUAUGAUCCUUUUGUAAACUCUAGCACUGAGAAACUUGGCCUCACUGCCCAGAAAUUUCUCUCUUCUGUUGUGGUUCUCAGAGCAAUGGCUGUAUUAUAAAUACAGGGAUCAGUCCUGGAUUGGUGGGUAAUUUUGUAUUGUUCUUAACAAGAAUCUCUCUCUCUCUCUCUCUCUCUCUCUCUCUCUCUCUCUCUCUCUCUCUCUUUCUCCUUUCUAUCUCCCCCCUGUCUGUCUCUGUGUGUGGGGUGUGUUGUGUGUGUAUUGAGAAAAGUUCAAGUCUGCUCCUGGCUUCCUUUGGAUGAAGAUGUAGAACUUUCAGCUCCUCCAGCACAAUGGGUGCUGCUGGGCUUCCUGCCAAUUAAAUAUUGACUUUUAUAAGAAAGAAGAGAGAGAGAGAGAGAAAGAGAGAGAGAGAGAGAGAGAGAGAGAGAGAGAGAGAGAGAGAGAGAAGCUCAUGUAGCUCUGACUGGCCCAGAACCAGCUAAGCAGGCCAGGCUGGUCCCAAACUCACAGAGAUCCACCUGCCUCUGCCUCCUGAAUGCUAGGAUCAAAGGCAUGCACCACCACACUUGACUCUAGAAGCCCAUUUUUUUUUUAAAACUCCCAAUUGAUCUCCUCCCUGUUUUCUGAGUUGAUUCACUUUGAAGGAGAAGUUUAGACACAUGGUAAAAGCUCAUUUUCCAGGAGAGCCAUUAGAACAGGGGCAGGUUUUCAGGGUGUCCUUGAUGCCUUGGGCAGUUCCAGGCAGUGGUAUUAUAGGAUUACUUGGAGGUACAAAUAGCACACAAAGAAGUGUCCCCAUUCCUGGACUCUUACAGGUUCUCCUUGCAGCCCCCAUAGUGGGCUAAGUUAUGUGGACAUGGAGAUGGGAAGGGAACUCUGUCACUGGUGUUCCCAAAGGGCAAGGGGACCCUUGCUGGUUUAUAGCAUAAACACAUCUGCCACCAGCACUGUGGGUAAUGAUUCUUGGCAAAAGCCACAUUCAUAGACCAAGAUGGGCCUCAACCUGACUCAAUGCACUUAACCAUACCCUCAAAGCAGAGGAAACUGCAAAAUGCUUCAGUCUUUGGUUUGUGACAGCUUUUUCCAUCAGGUCAGUCUUAGAAACUAUCAUCAGGUUUUGUCCAGAAGUAUAGCACUUUUCUGUUCGGCUCUGGCAUGCCUUUGAAAGGCAUCACCAAAGUGCAGGCCUAAAUGCCAAAGAAAGCAACACUGGAUUUAAAAUUGUAGUAAAUACAAUAAUAUAAGAUCAAAGCAAGUCACAGAUUCUAAAUUUGUCCUGAUGGUCAUGCUGAAAAGUUAAAAGGAAAACCAAAACAUUAAUCUUUGAGCAUUUUAAUUGAUCAUUUGAAUCAGAUAAAUGUUUUUGUUUUAUUUCUGCUUAUAACUCACAUCAUCCAUAAUUUGAUACAAUUUGGAGUUGAUAUAAUUGACAGAAUUUUGUAUGCUAUAUUUUAAAAAACUGGCUGUUAUGGUUUGGGUAAGUGUCCUCAAAGGCCUGUGUAUUGAAGGUUUGCUUGUUCUUCAUCCUGUGGUGCUCCUGGGAAGCAGGGAAAAACUGGAAUGUGGAGUCUUCCCUUCAGGGUGUGUCCUGUCUUUGUUUCACACCACCAAGAAGCAAGCAGCUUCCUUGGUCUCAUAUUUCCACCACAAAAUAUUCUGUCUGCCACAGGCCCAGUGGUAAUGGAUCACAGACUGAAACUUCUAAAACCGAGAGCCAAAAUAAACCUUUCUGCUUUUUAAGUUGAUUUGUCUCAAGUACUUGUUACAGAAAUGGAGGGUGAAUGCAAAGAUUUUAUUGUAAUGUAAAUAGCUAAUGAGAUUAUCAAAAUAGAAAAAGCUCUUAGAGACUACCAUGUGUGCUUAGUAAAAUAUGUUUUACUAUAAUAUGUACAAUAUUGUGCUGUAAGUACUGUUACUAUACCACAAGUUACUUAAAGUACUUACUCACCCAGGUUAAUGUGUAAGCCUUUUUUUUUUUAAUGUAUUCUCAUUCUUUAUUAAAAACUAUACAGUUUAUUAUAAA